AUGUUCGACAUUCGAGACCCCCUGCCCGACAACACGUUCCGUACGUCGACGAAACCGGUCUGCACUUUCACUCGCGCUCCAAGGUCUUCUUCCGACUCGCUUCCGCUUUGCGUCCACUCUACCACAACACCACCAAGACCGACGCAAUGGCUGAACGUGAUCAAGACGUUGUCGCACCUGUGGGUUCCCCCUGAUACUGGCCACCUGGAUCAGACUAUCGGUACGUCUCUUGGAAACGCACUCUGCGCCAGUGACUCUCGUGACGCAGCGCAAUACCACGCUCCUACUGACGCAACGGCAGACGACGACAACAGUGGCCAGAGCGACUCUAUCCUCGCCCUUGACACCCUCGAAACUACUACCACCUCUGGCACGAAUCAGGAUAGCACUGGUACCGCCAACACCAUGGGAGAAAGCGAUCGGGCUCUCCUUACCACUACACUCAGCGACCAGCCCACCAGCCGCAUCAUACCCAGUUCCUUCAUCGACGCUCUCAGCCUUAGCGACUCUCCUGCAAUGACUCAAGACAACACCUUCGAAGGAGAUGUCGACGACAACAUCUUCAGACUCUUCAAUGCCCCUGAACUCGACCACGAAGCUACCUCUGAGUCUCGCAACGAUCUUCCAGCUGACGCUCGCUUCCUGGGCGCACAGCUCGAAUCUGUCUACGAGACCACUUCUUCACCUGACAUGAAGCAAAUCAUUGCUUGCCUUGUCCACUUGGACGUCGCCUUGACCAAGCAAACUCGCCUCAACAGCCUUCAUGAGGCCCAUACCGCCAAAAACUUUCGGGAGCAGCGCCAUCUCAACAAAGACCGCAAAUUCCAUCUGCUGGAGACAAUGCAGAACGUCAAGAACAAGUUUGCUCGUUUUGACGCCGAGCGCAUGGAGACUGAGAGGCUCGUUAAGACUUGCGAGAUUCGCAUCAAUGGCUACGGUACCCAGCUNCGAAGACUUCAAAAGAGGGUCAAGAUGCUCGCUAGUGGCGGUGAAUGGAUGGAGGCCGAGCUCAACAAGCUGUCAGCUCGCUUUGAAGCCAUGCAGCAAGAGAACGCUAAGCUCAAGAGCAGGAACAAGCACAUGAAAGACAGAAUCAGGGGCUUGGAAGAAGAGGUUGAUGUCCUCAAGGAGAGAGAUGGCGUUUGGGAGAGACGCAUGACUGCUUUGGAGGUAUUCAUGAAGGAAACCAAGGGAAGUGACUGGUUUGAGGUCUCNGAUCCUAUCAGGUUCUCCGUUGGCAGCCACCGUGUCUUCUCGAUCUACCACUGA